ACCUACAUUUUCUGAGCAAACUGCUAAACUUUGCUGUUGUACCUAUCUCUAUUUAGUUUGUGCUGCGUACCUACUGGUUCUAGUGAAUAAUAUUGUACAUAAUAUUUCGGAAUAGUUGUCUAUCACGCAUUUAAGCUUUAGAAUGAAGUAAAAGUUUAGCUGAAUAAGGCAGUUUUGACUGAUAAACAAUGUUAAACAAAAAUGAUUUUCCUUGUUGUAAAAGUGUUGAACUUAUGUGCCUUAGCACUUCACAAAAUUUUAUUCGGAGCCUCAUUUGUGGGAAGAGUCAUUGUAACUUUGAUAUCGGGAAUUUUCAGUGCUGUUUAUGAUUUCACGCAUUAUAUUAUGUUAUUUCUCCAGAUUGUUUAUGAAGACAAUAUAACGAUAUUUACUGAAGACAUUCCAAACUUUUUUACCAGCAUUCUGCAUGUCUUGUGUGAACAGAUUGGCAAUUUCCAGAAUGGUAUAGCCUGUAUUUUUAAUGGAGUGGAAUACAGAACCAGGGAAAUAUUAACUACCGUAAAUUAUUUGUUUACUGGUUUUAUUAUUAUUGUUAAGCAAGUGACAAUCAUAUUAAAAAGCAGUAUAGUUUUACUGGGACAAGCAUUAUGGUUCAUAAUAACAUUUAUUCCUAUUCAUUUACCACAAUUGCUCAAAGCAGGAAUUCAGGCUGUGAAAGACUUUGUCAUUGACAUAAUAGUGUAUGCUUACAUGAGAUUAUUGAAGAUAACAAAUUUUCUGACUGAUGUGCCUUUGGAAUCAUUCAUAGGACUAAUAAGUGCCAUAUUGAUUGUCCGGUUAACAAUACAUUACAGAGAAGCUGUUCUUGCUCAACUCAUCUCAUGCUAUUGGUCUGUGGUGAGACAAUUGAUGUAUUUCUAUUACACAGUUUAUAAUUAUUUUACUGAUCCUGAGGUGAGAGUCAUAGCACACAUGGCCAGUGGCCAGGAGAUUACUACAGGAGAUGAGACUUAUGACAUAAAUGAUGUUGACGAGAGUGGGAAUGGUGCGGAUGCUCUAUGUGUUAUUUGCCAAGACCGUCAGAAGUGUGUUUUGACCCUGCCAUGCCGGCAUGUGUGUCUGUGCACAGAGUGCUGCCGACGCCUGUAUGGCUACCAGCGCACUUGUCCUAUUUGUAGAACAUUUAUUUAUCAUUCCGUGACUAUAUAUUUGUAACUUAAAAAUGUGCUAAAAUUUGUUAUAGCUUCUUUUGAUAUUAAAUUUGGAUUAAGCGAAGCUCAUUAUUGAACAGUGAUGUAUGGAUCAACAACAGUCUUGAAAAGACUGAUAGGCCACAUUUAGCUGUUUGGCUUUUAGUUUUACCAAAUCAGUUUCUUGUUAUUGUUUUAUUCCUUAAGAAAUCAUGUUUGAAAUUUCUACAGAUAAUACCAAAUAUGUUUAUUUUCAUUGGUGUAGUCAGGUACAUACAAUACAAAAUCUGUAGUUAUUGCAAAGAUGAGAAUUAUUUGAGUGAUGAUUCUAAAUUAAAUAUGAAAGUGAAUAUUGAAUAGUCAUUGUAUUAAGAUCUGCCAUUUCAUUAUCUUGUGGUGCUAUUACCAUUAACCGUUAAAAGUAAGGAGACUGCCAGAAUGCUUUUAUAAGUAGAACUUAUGCUGUAUUUGGUCUAGGGGGAAAAAA